UCUUGGAAUGGUUGUAAAACAAUGUCUUAUGUGAAAUGUCACUGCAAUACAUAUUUAAUCAUGUGCUACCUGUUAUUGUAGCCACCUUGGUCCAAGGCACAGUGAAGUGGUUCAAUGUGCGUAAUGGAUAUGGCUUCAUAAACAGAAAUGAUACCAAAGAAGAUGUGUUCGUACAUCAGACCGCGAUCAAGAAAAACAACCCCAGGAAGUUCCUCCGCAGUGUCGGAGACGGGGAGGUAGUAGAGUUUGAUGUGAUUGAAGGCGCCAAGGGCUCAGAAGCAGCCAAUGUAACCGGUCCGGGCGGUGUUCCUGUCAAAGGUAGCCGCUACGCACCCAACAAACGCCGCUUCCGUCGAAGGUUCUUCCCCAGGAGCCCAAGGCCUGAUGACGAGAAAACAGCUGAGGGCCAGUCCUCUGCUGUUGAGGGCGAGAAAACGAUGCAGUCAGGAGAAAACGAUGCAGGGAAACCUCAGCAGCGCCGCCGGAGGCACAAGAGGUAAGCUGAAAAGAGAAGGGGUGAGGCUGGAGAACAGAAGAACGGAGUGGCAGAGGGCGACGAGACACCGCGACCUCAACAGCGCAGAUUCUGGCACCCGUACCGCAGACUGUUCCCUCCUCGCCCACCAGCUGCGCAGGCUACAGACGGUGAGCAGGCUACUCCAGAAAAGAGCCAGGAGCAAGAAGAAGUGAAGCAUCCGGAGGCCUCUGAGAGCCCCCAGACCAACGGAGAAGCAGCUGAGGACCAGAAGGAACAACGCCGCCAGACUAGACGCCGUAGGACGAGGAACUCCGAGUCCUCGACCUCGAAAGUGAGUGUUAAAAGUAUCAAGUGAGAUAUGAGCUAAUUGUAAAUU